CCUGGCCUGGUAACGUCAACAACCUCGGGGAGAAGACAAGCGAGUGAGAAAAAAGCGGCAGCGAAAAGAAAAACAAGACCAAGAUUGACCAGACCAGUCUUGUGGUUCCAAGCCUCGCAGUCCCUAUUGUUAUCGCCAUCCAAAAAGACGCCGUCGAAUCAUCCAGUCGGGGAGAGCGAGAGCGAAGAAACAGGAGGUACAAGAAAAAAUACAAGAAAAAAUGGCAGGCGCUCCGGUCGAAACCAUCAAGGCAUCGGUCCUCCACGGGCCAAAGGACUUGCGCGUUGAGACACGCACAAUCCCGGCUCCCGGCCCGGGCGAGCUGCAGGUCUCGGUGCGGGCGACGGGCAUCUGCGGAUCCGACAUGCACUACUUCCACCACUUCGCCAACGGCGACUUCCACGUGCGCGAGCCGCUCUCGCUCGGCCACGAGUCCGCCGGCGUCGUCGAGGCCGUGGGCGCGGGCGUCGAGGGGUUCUCGCCCGGCGACCGCGUGGCCCUCGAGGUCGGCGUCCCCUGCGGCGACUGCGCCCUGUGCGCGUCCGGCCGCUACAACCUCUGCAAGGCCAUGCGCUUCCGCAGCUCGGCCAAGACCCUGCCGCACUUCCAGGGCACCCUCCAGGAGCGCGUCAAUCACCCGGCCCGCUGGUGCUACCGCCUGCCCGACGGCGCCUCCCUCGCCGAGGGCGCCCUGCUGGAGCCGCUGUCGGUCGCCAUGCACGGGGUCCGCCGCGCCGGGGUCGCGAGGGGCUCCCGCGCGCUCGUGCUGGGCGCCGGCGCCGUCGGCCUGCUGACGGCCGCCAUGCUGCGCGUCGAGGGCGCGGGCUCCAUCGUGGUCGCGGACCUGGUGGCCGCGCGCGUCGAGUUCGCCGUCGCCAACGGUUUCGCCGACAAGGCCGUCGUCGUCCCCGGCAAGCGGCCGGCGCCCGACGCCACGGCGGCGGACAGGCUGGCGCUGGCGCGCGAGACGGCGGCGCUGCUGGCCAAGGAGGGCGGGCUGGGCGAGGGCGGCGAGUUCGACACCGUCUUCGAGUGCACGGGGGUGGAGCCGUGCGUGCAGGCCGCCAUCUACGCGGCCGCGCCGGGGGGCAGGGUUAUGCUCAUCGGCAUGGGCAGCCCCGUGCAGACGGUGCCGCUGGGCGCGGCCGCGCUGCGCGAGGUGGACCUGGUGGGCGUGUUCCGCUACGCGAACACGUACCAGAACGGCAUCGACCUGUUGAGCAAGCGGGGCGAGAACGGCCUGCCUGACAUCUCGAAGCUGGUUACGCAGCGCUUCAAGGGGUUCGAGAGCGCGCCCGACGCCUUUGCCACGGCCGGCAAGCCGGUCGAUGAGAAUGGGGAUUUGGUCCUAAAGGUAGUUAUUGAGGUUUAAGGGAGUGAGUUUUGUGUGUGGCAAAUUUAGCUAUCGUGUUAGGGUGAAAAGAAAAACAAGUGUUGCAAGAAGAAAGAAGUGCGGCGUUUGGGAGUUGGAUAAAAUACCGUAACCAAACGAGAUAUUUCUACCUACUAAGGGUUCUUCCCUAUCAUUUACUACUACGCGUGCUCUGCCUAUUUUUUAUAGUUACCUCUCGC